AGAUGAAAUUAGUUCUUCAAUUAAAAAAAAAGGUGGUAGAAGGCUUGAUGAUAUCUGGGAAUAUGUGAAUAAAGGAGAAUCAUUAGGUGGUGGUCACUAUAAAGCAUCAUGCAAGUGGUGUGGAGGAGGAUGGACAAGAGGAAGACCGCAAGACAUGAAAGUGCAUUUAGCAAGAAUCUGUGAAGAUGUCCCAGAAAAUAUAAAAAACUUAUGGUGUAAUUAUUUAGCUGAAAACACUUCAUCUAAUACUAAAAAUAAACGAACCAUAAAUCAACCAACUAUUACCAGUCAUUUCCAUUCUAAUACUCCAAUUUCAUCUGCAAAAGCCCAUUUAUUGGAUCAAGCCAUUCUAAAAGCUUGGAUUUGUUGUGGUUUUUCUUUCCAUACCAUAGAAAAUCCUUUUAUAAUUGAUUUAUUUCAAAUUGUUGCACCUGGUCAUAAAAAUUUACUUACAAAUGAUAAGGUGAAGCAUAUUCUUGGUCUAAGAGGUUUCUUUCAUGAUGUUGGACUGGUAACUUCUGUAUUGUUGCCAUUACAAAAAGCAAUUCUCAAUUUGGAAGGAACAAAUGUUAACCUUGCAGAUUGUUUCAUCCAACUUGUGAAACUUGCAGUCAAUAUCAACAAAAUUUCACCUGAAUGUGGAUUAAUUGAAUUUAGGAACCAUUGUAUUAAAGUCAUCAAUAAUAGAUGGGAAUCUUUUGAAAUACAUCCAUAUUUGCUUGCAUAUUUUCUUUGCCCAUUAUACUGUGGGGUUGGUUUAAAAUCAACUGUUUGGCCAAAUUUAACUAAAUAUGCACAGGAAAUCUUUUGUAAUAUGAAUAAAAAAAAUCACUCUAAUAAUAAAGUAGCAGAAUUAAUAGGUAAAAUGGCAAACUUUAAAUGUUCAGAAGGUGUUUUUUCUAUCCAAUAUUCUUCUUCUUAUACAAGACCAAGAACUUGGUGGCAAGUUAUCGAUGAUUCAAAUGAAUAUGUAAAGAGUUUAGAAAUUAAAAUUUUCUCAAUCACUCCUCAUAAUGCUGCUUGUGAGAGAGCAUUUUCUGCACUAGGAUUCUUGUAUGGAAAAAGAUGGCAAUGUCUUGAAAGAUAUGAAGAAGAACUAAGAUCUCUAGUCCAAGGAAGUGGAUUUUUUGAUGAUAAUGAUGAAGGUGAUAAUGACAGUGAAGGUGAAGGAUUAGAAAUACCAAAUGAAGAAGUUUAUGUUUUAAUUGUUAAUGAGAUGGUUGAUUUAAAUAAUCCAAUAUUUAAUGAGGAUUAUGAUGAUUUAAAUGAUAAUAUUGAGGUAGAAGAUGAGAGUAUGGAAGAAAGUUCUGAAGAA